CCUUGCAUGUAUGUGGGCUUGUAAUGGGUCGGACUGAUGACCGAAGGUCCAAGCCCCACUGGCAGAGCUUAGGGUUCAAUGAUUGUACUCUGUUUCUGAGUCCUGAGCGUCAAGGGUUUUACCGAAUUCAAUCUGAGUUACCCUCUGUUUCUAUUUCAAUCAAUAGAUCCUCCUAAAGGUACUAGCUAUUUCUCAUUUUCUUUGCUAUUCUGAUUUUGCUACAAUUUCGAGCAUUUCCGUUUGGUUGCCGAGAAAAUUAAUGAGAACUAAAGAAAUCGUACCAGGCAGAUCCAAAAAGAAAGAGGAAAAGCAAUUGCUAACCGUCGUCCAGAAUCUAGUGCAACAAAGAAAAUACUGAAAAUGGCAUUUAGAGGGAAGGAGAUGAUGAAGAAAGUAAUGAAAAAGGUAGGAGAAAAAAAUUUGACACCUGGAGUCGAGGAGUCUCUCAAGAAAUCCAUACCUGAUAGCAAGGUCGUUAUGGGCCGAGCGAAGCGUGGCCUUUUCGCCGGUCGCCACAUCCAGUUCGGCAAUCGCAUCAGUGAAGAUGGUGGUAACAAGAGUAGGAGGACUUGGAAACCAAAUGUCCAAGAGAAGAGACUCUUUAGUUAUAUCUUAGACCGACACAUUAGAAUCAAAGUCACCACUCAUGCCCUUCGUUGCAUAGACAAGGCAGGAGGGAUCGACGAGUACCUACUGAGAACUUCUUACCAGAAAAUGGACACAGAAAUGGGCCUCUUCUGGAAAGCCAAGAUUGAAAAAAUGUAUGAAGAGCUUGGGAAGAUGGAGGUUGCCUUCUUUUCACCUGAAGAUGAAGCCAAGUUUGAGCAGGGUUUCAAAGAUUUAAAACUAUCAGAACGAGAGGCUCGUAAGCAAUUCAGACAACAGAUGUACGCUGGGCUGGCUGAACAGAAGAAAGCUGAGGAAGGAAGAAGCUAUAUUAGUUUCGUCUUAGCAAGCUCUGAUGAUUACCCUGAUAAGAUAGUGGCUAACUAUUGAGUUUUGCCUAGUCUGAAGGUUUUGUUCCUUUGUAAUGUCCUAAUAUUGGAAUUCUUAGUGAUUGGAGGCUGGCCAAAGAGCUUUUAUGAUUAUUUAGUCAACAGAGAUCCUUGUUAUGUAUUCAACUUGGCAUCAAAUAAUUUACUCCAGAUCUUUCGAGUCAAAUUUGUAAGUUUUUGAGAUUAUUAAUUAAUAUAAUUGAGCUUAAAUUUA